AUGGCGUGCUCCCCUUCCCCUCCUCCGCCGUCGCGGCCUGCGCCGCCGACGAUGCCACCGGCGCAGCAGCAUGACGACACCACGCUCACGCUGGCGCUGCCGGCGGCGGCUCGGCCCCCGCCGCUCGUCGUGCCGGCCGGCGCCUCGCCGAGGACGCUGGCGCGGGCCAAGUGCUCGCCGACCGGGGAGGCGCCGCCGUGCACCGAGUGCGGGAGGCGGUUCCUCUCGUGGAAGGCGCUGUUCGGCCACAUGCGAUGCCACCCCGAGCGCCAGUGGCGCGGGAUCACGCCCCCCGGUGGCGGAGGAGGCGCGUCGUUGCCGUCGUCUAACGCCGGCGCGUCCAGCCAAUUCACGCUCAAGGAGCGGGAGGUCGCCGCCGGCCUCCUCAUGCUGUCUGGCGCGCGCCCCGCCCCCACCAGCGCCAGGAAGGGCAAGGCCAAAAGGCGCCUCGCCGCCACCGCCGCUGCUCCACAUCAUCCGCCACAAAGCUGCGACGACCACAAGUGCGCCGUCUGCCACCUCGGCUUCGCGAGCGGCCAGGCGCUGGGCGGGCACAAGCGCUGCCACUGGGAUCGUUCCUGCGCCGUGGCUACCGCCGGCAGCAGUACCACGUCGGCCUCAUCGCCGGCGGCGAAGAACGCCACCGCGCUGGACCUCAACCUGCCGCCGCCAUUGCCGCAGAAGAACCUCCAAGACUGCGGCCUGAACGACACGCUGGAUUUGAAGCUGGGAUUGCUCACUUAG